CUAUUAAGUAUAUCAACGCUCUAACUGUAAUGUCUAGUCUAUCGAUAAUUUCGAUGCUCUUGCCAUAAUGUCUAGUAUAUCGAUUAUAUAGACGCUCUUACCGUAAUGUCUAGUAUAUCGCCAGUCUUACCGUAAUGUCUCUUACCGUAAGGCUCUCACCUUAAUGUUGAGUAUAUCAACUAUAUCGACGUUCUUACCAUUAUGUCUAGUCUAUCGACGCUCUUACCGUAAUGUCUAGUCUAUCGACGCUCUUACCGUAAUGUCUAGGUUAUCGACGCUCUUACCGUAAUUUCUAGUCUAUCGACGCUGUUGAAAGUGAAAGUGAAAGUCAGCGAGCUGAAAGUGUUUCGUACCGUGGACGGCUCGAAGGAGGAAACACGCACAAUUGGACCUCCUGCCGUCUCUCCGUCCACCAAUCAGAAUGGGGGGCGUGUCCGGACCGCCGGGCGCCGGGCGGCUGCUGGCGAGGAUGCUGAGGCUGUUCAGGCCGGACGCCGCCCACCUGGUCGCCGCCUUCAGCUUCCUCAUCUUAGGGGUCGUCUGCGAUACGCUCGUCCCGUUGUAUCAGGGCGAGGUCAUCGACGGGCUCAGAGGUCAAGAGCUUCAGACCAGCUUCAGUUACGCAAUCGGACAGCUGGCGCUCGUCUCCCUCGGAAGCUCUCUGUUCUCCGGCCUCAGAGGAGGCCUCUUCAUGUCGGCUCUCAGCCGGCUGAACAAGAGGCUGAAGCGGCUGCUGUUCCACACGCUGCUGCAGCAGGAGGUGCACUUCUUUGAGGAGAACAACCCCGGCGGGCUCUCGUCCCGCCUCCACUCCGACGUGGACCGGAUGGGCCGCUCCGUGGCGCUGAGCGCUAACACCGUGGUGCGCAGCGCGGUGCGCGGCGCCCUGAUGCUCGCGGUGAUGUGGAGCGUCUCCUGGGAGCUCACGGCGCUCUGCUGCCUGGAGAUGCCCGUCAUGGCCGCCAUGCAGAACAAGCACAUCGCAUUGGCUAAGGACCUGAAGGACCAGGUCCAGGACUGCCACGCCCAGACCAGAGCCCUGGCCCUGCAGGCCUUCGGGGGGGUCCGUACGGUGCGUGGCUCGGGGGCGGAGCCUGAGGAGCGGCGGCGCUACGGUGAGGCUCUGCGGCGCCUCGGCGCCGUGAAGAGGCGUUCAGGCGUCUACAGCGCCGCCUUCCUGUUGGUGCGCAGGCUGGUGACUCUGGGCAUCAAGGUCCUCAUGCUGGUCCAGGCCCGGGCUCUGGUCUCGUCGGGCCGGCUCGGCGUGGGGGGCCUCGUCUCCUUCCUCCUGUACCAGAAGCCCAUGUCCACCAACCUGAGGGAGAUCAUGUACUGCUACGGGGAGACGCUGUCCACGGUGGGCGUCAUCUCCAAAGUGUUCGGCUACCUGGACCGGACCCCGGGGGGCCGCACGGGCCGGCUGGCGCCCGAGCGGCUGGAGGGCAGAAUCGAGUUCCGGGGCGUCAGCUUCACGUAUCCCUCCGCCGCCGGGGGCCCGCCGGCUCUGAAGGCCGUGAACAUGGUGCUGCGGCCCGGCGCCAUGACGGCCCUCGUGGGGCCCUCCGGCUCCGGCAAGUCGUCGUGCGUCGCUCUCCUGAAGCGACUCUACGAGGCUCAGGAGGGUCAGAUCCUGCUGGACGGGGAGCCGCUGCACCUCUACGAGCACAAGUACUUCCACCAGAAGGUGGCGCUGGUUUCCCAGAAUCCUCAGCUGUUCUCUGGUUCUCUGAGGUACAACAUGGCGUACGGCCUGCAGCGCUGCUCCGCCCGGCGGGUGGAGGAGGCGGCGAGGAGAGUCCAGGCGCACGACUUCAUCUCUAAGAUGGAGAACGGAUACGACACGGACGUGGGGGAGUGCGGCGCGGCGCUGUCAGAAGGUCAGAAGCAGAGCGUGGCCGUCAUCAGAGCGCUGGUCCGAGAGCCGCGGGUCAUCAUCCUGGACGAGGCCACCAGCCAGCUGGACGUGGACACGCAGCACGCCGUUCUGCAGGAGGUUCUGGCCGGUGGCCGGACCGUGCUGGUGGUGGCUCACCAGCUGCAGACCGCGGAGAAGGCGGAUCACAUCGUGUUCCUGGAGAAGGGCGUCGUGGUGGAGGAGGGCACGCACCGACAGCUCAUGGCCAGGAGGGGGCGCUACCACCGCUUGAAGGAGGAACUGUUCUCUCAACCCAGAAAACUCAGUUGAUGAAGUUCUGCUUUUGUUUAAGAAAAAUACAAUAUGUAUAUGUAUAUAUAUUGUAUUUUUCUAUAUAUUAAUAUUAUAUAAAGCUAUAUAUAGAAAAAUACAAUAUAUAUAUAAUAUUUUCUUAAUUUUGUAUUAUUUUUACAUAUACACAUAUUUAUACAUAUACAAAUACAAUCGAUGUAUAUAUAUAUAUUUUUUUUACAUUAUUUUUUUUGUCAACAAUAUUUGAAAAUAUAUAUAUAUGUUUGAAGAUGUUUUCACUUAAAUUUAUAACAGAUAAUCAAGAUGUAUUAUAGGAUAUUUAACUUCCUUUAAAUAACUCUUAGCAGCUAAUAAAUCAUAUCAAAUCAGUUUUUUUCUUAAUGAUGCAAACAUCUUUAAAACAAUCUUGUAUUUCUUAAGCAUUUGAAUUUUGUAUUUUAUGUCAAAUUACCACAAUAAAUGUGAUUUUUGUAUGUCUAUGUAUGUUUAUAUGUGUGCAUGUAUAUAUUUAUAUACAACAAUAGAGGAAUAUGAUGUAAGCGGAAUUGGCCUUCAUUUGAUUGGUUUAUUUUCUUUAAGACCCGCCCUAUUCGGCCUCUGAUUGGUUAGUACUUGCCUGAAACACAAUACACAGCCCUUAAUUACUC